AUGUACGGAUGGAACACAUGCCUCGUCCGCACUGGUGUGUUCCAAGGCGGCGAGAAUGACGAGAACAACCCAGCCAACUUUGGCGUCUUCCCCAAUGUUCUGGAAGCAGUUCAAACAGCGCUAAGGAAGCAACUGGGAGAUGACUUCAAGAUGCACUUCGAUGACCGGAUCAACCCUGUUCUACACGGCGAUGGAGCCGACACAGCUGCGAUCAUUUGA